UCUCUCCUCAGUGGGACUCCACCUGAAGAUCAGCUGCAGACAGCAGCCGUCACCUGGACAGGUGGAUCUGCUCAACUCUGCACAGGAAUUUUAAAAAUGGAUCAUCAUUGUUCGGAUUUUAGGAUUUAAGAUGCUCUUAAAUCUGACGAGUUGACACCAGAUUAUUCCAUCUGGACUGGUUAUGACAAGGAUUUGCUCUUAAACAUCAGAAGAUCCAGAACCAGAACCAGAACUGGACUUCAAUGAUCAUUUUUCAGCCAGACCUCUGAAGAUCCUCUCCUCAUCCUCAUUCAUCUCUGAUCCUCAUCAGCAACAUGACGCUGCAUGACGCUGCGCUGAGUUAACCAGAACCGCUAAAGAAGGCGCGAUGUUGGCGUGUCGCCCCCUGCUGGUCACCUGGGCUCUGCUCACCUCCUCGGUCCGAAGCCAGAGCUGGAGGCCGUGCACAGACCUGCAACCUAUUGACCUCCUGUCCAAAGCCCUGCCACGCCCAGGACAAGCCACGCCCACUCAGGUGCAGAUGGUUCAGUCCAGAGGGUCCAGAGGUAUCAGGCUAACCGGCACCGUACCGACUGCUCUGAGUUUUACCGCUUCACAGAUAUUCACCAACUGUGACUAUUUUCCUUCUGAGUUCUCGUUGGUUGCCACCAUGAAGAUACAGAGACUGAGGAAGAAGACGAAUCAGUACAUCUUCUCUGUGAUGAAGGAGGGAUCUGAGUCAUUGCUGCUGGGGCUGCGUGUCUCUGAGAACCGUCUUCACCUUCUGACGUCGCCCCCUGGUGGUGGAGGGCGGAGAAGGAUCAGUUUUAAAAAUGUCAGAUUGGACGACAACAGAUGGCACACUGUGGUUCUGGCUGUGACCGGUCCUUACGCCACAUUGACCGUUGACUGUGGACCACCUGUGGAAAUUAAGCAGGUCCGGACCUUCCCCAGUACUCUGAACACCAGAGGGUCCAUGUUCAUCAUUGGCAGCAGGGGCCACUGGAGGGGCCGCUUCUCUGGUCUACUUCGUCAGCUGGUUCUUCUUCCAGGCUCAGACGCAACACCCAGACUUUGUCCCAACUCUGAACCCAGUCUGGCAGAGCUCUCUGUCCCGCAGGUCCUCAAGACCUCCCCGCUCCAACCGGACCAGAAGGGCUCAGUUUAUCCAUACGAGGCCGAGGCCAGAGUGACUGCAGGCGAUCGUCCUCCAUGUUCAGGCCCAGAGAAAGGUCAGCUGUGGUUCAACGUUCGGAAGAAAGGUCUGUUCAUCUGUGACGGGAUGAUGUGGAGGACGCUCAUGCAGGAUAAAGAGCGUCUGGACUAUGUGGAGGACUACCAGGACCUCUACACCCGCUCAGAAACCUUGGAUGUGGAGCUCUUCUCCAUCCCGUCUGAAGGCCUGUUCAUGGCUGCAGCCAAUAGGGAUUCCCGACCCGGUUCUGGUAUUUACAAAUGGAUUAAUGGGUCAUUCCAGCUAUAUCAGAACGCCAGCACUCAGGAAGCUCAAGCCUGGAAAUAUUUCACCAUCGAUGACAAGGUUUUCCUGGUGGUGGCGGACAUGCAGAAGGCAGAACCUGAGCUGUCGACCAUCUACCGGUGGAAUCGUCGGCAGAAACGUUUCCUUCGCUAUCAGACUCUGGAGACCCACUCUGCUCGGGACUGGGAGGCCUUUCAGAUCCACAACAACAGCUUCCUGGUGGUGGCCAAUCACAUGCGAGCCAAAGACUCCAACCAUAACAUCCACAGUGUGAUCUACAGGUGGAACCCUGACACAAAGCUGUUUGAGGUGAACCAGACUCUGUCCACGUCUGGAGCCUAUGACUGGGAGUUCUUCACCAUCGGCCCGUAUCAUUUCCUGGUGGUGGCGAACACCUUCAACGGUCAGAACACCACCAUCAGCUCCACCAUUUACGUCUGGUUGGACGGGUGUUUCCGGAGCUACCAGAACAUCACGACGGUUGGAGCGACGGAUUGGGAGACGUUCCAGAUCGACGGCAGGUUCUUCCUCGCCGUUGCCAACAGUCAGCGGUUCUCCAGGAAAUCCCAGAGUACCUACAACAUCAACUCCACCGUGUACGAGCUGAACAUGUUCACCCAGACCUUCCUCCGCUUCCAGGACAUCCCGACUCACAGCGCUCUUGACUGGGAGUUCUUCACCAUCGGAGACGAGAAGUUCCUGGUUGUGGCGAACUCUUAUGAUGGCAGUUCGUACUCCGUGAACAGCGUCGUCUACAGGUGGCAGGGCUACGAGGGCUUCGUCCCGGUCCACAGUCUGCCCACCUUUGGCUGCAGAGACUGGGAACACUUCACCACUGAGCAGGGCUCCUUCCUCAUCUACUCCAGCGCCACCUCCAGGCUCAGCAAGGUUUUCAGACUCAGAACGUACUGAGAGGUUCUGAUUGGAUCCGACUGAUGACAUCACCUCACUGAGGGCGGGGCUUCAGGAGGAGUUUCCUCUCUUUCAGCUACAACCUCAAACUCUGAAGAAAAAAUACUUUAUUUGUUAAAGAAGCACUUUGUUAAACAAACUAAAUUAUGAUAAGCUCUGCAGACAGAACUGAUCCAGAUUGCAGAUUUAUUCUUAAUGUUUUUCACACAGCAUUUUUUAUGCUUCUAAUAUAUAUCCAGCAGUUAUUGGUAGGUUAACAAUAGUUUUAUUUGACAGAAAACCAGAUAUAAACUAAUAGAUCUAUUAAAAAAAAAUCCAUUCUGAAAAAGCAGCACAUUAUUUUUGAGAUAUGAGGUUGUUUAGGCUCACAUGAAGUUUAUCUGUUUUUCUCUUUGAGUCAAACCCAUUUAUAAGCACGUUUGUGGAUCUCCUACUGAAAUGUGGUGCAUAGUAAAAAGUGAAAACAUUAUGUUCACAAAUAAAUCAGGAUGAAUAAAAUGGUAAGUAAGCAUAAUUUGAAAAACAUUUCCCUUAUACAUCCCAAUCAAUGGACUCCAUCCACAUUGGGGGAUUGAUUCUGGAACAGUACCAGGUUGUGGUCCGUUUCCAGCCAUUUUCUUCAUUUGAAUGAUUGAAACUUGAACUAGGCCAACUCUAAUAUUCAAUGUAACUAAAAUUACAUUAUUUACCCUGAAGGAAAAUUAAAUGUUGUCAUAACUCACAUCAUCCAAGUAUCUUCAAAGAGUUGCUGUGGAUAGUGAUGCUAUGGAGAAGAAGGAUCUCUGGUAGCAGUCGGUCUUACAACGAAUCUGGAGACACCUCUGACUGAAGACUGUUGCUUUCUGACAUUUCCUUGACUUUCUUGACAUGUUAGUAUAUUUAACCUCCUAAGUGUCACCAAUAGGUCAAUAAUUUCAAAAAUUGUUCCUCAUUCUUGAAGCAUUUGAAGUAUUUUGUAAAAAUAGUACUUGUGAUGUGCUACUUUUUUACUAAGUGAAAUUUCUUUGGGUGUGGUCGUUCAUCAGCAUUACCGGCCUCUGCUGCCCUCUAUAGGUUUCUCUGUUCAAUCAUAUACAAAUCUACACUGAAAUGUCCUCUUAGGUAUAAAAUUAACAACUUAAUGAAAAUUGUUUAUAUAAAUGAUGUUAAAUAUUAGAAUGAAUGAUACUUAAAAAAUUAAUUUCUGUUCCAUCAUAGAGCCUUUCUUUGGCCCUGUUUCAGUCUGUCCUGUUGUUUUUUAUUGCAUUUAUUUAUUGAUUUGUGUUUUUGCUGCAGGACAGUAAACUCACUACUAUUCGUUGUCAUUUUGUAAUAUUGUGAACAUAAUUUUCUCCUCAGGUUAUAAACGAGCUACUGUAAAUAAAUAAAUAAAUUCUGAGUUUAUUUUCAAGUAACUUUUUCUGUGAUACGUUUUCUGUGCUAUAUUU